AUGUGGAAAAUUGUCGAAGCGGCGCCGAAGAAAUACGAAUCCGUGCCGUUCGACACGACGUGCAACUUGGGUUUCGGCCUCUCCGACCGAUGGUUCAAUCAGCUGGCCGUAUCCGAGCUACCAAGGGAGCAGUGCCAGACUCACCCUCCCUCGCAACUAGUAGACGGACCUUGGGGGGAAGAAACGCGUCUUGUGAUCAGCGUCUAUAUGAAGCUGCUGCUUUCAAACGCGACGAUUGACAAGCUCAAAUACCCGCCGUUGCACUUCGGGAAUCAGUUCUGGUUCUCUCUGAACAUGCGCGUUAAUUGCAUUUUUGAUCCGCGAGGCUUAUUUUCGGCUGCUGAACUGCUGGAGUUUAUUGACCACUUCAAGCCGAAAGCCUUUGUCUGCAGCGAUCUAACAGCCUUGGCAAACUAUCGGUCGCAAAUCCCAGCGUUCCUGACAGAUCCGAUCGUGCGCUCGCUGGAGAAGGUGGAUAUCGGCUUCCCGAGGGACUACUAUCAAUUCGCAAAAGGACUCCGAGCCAAGGAUCUGGUGAUUCGAACUCCGGCCCGACACGGAUGCGCUCUAUUGAGCGGGGGAAACACUCCAGUGGGCGAAGUGCUUGCUUUUUUCGAGUGGAAAAUUACGGCAUGGCUUGAUGGGACGGAUGAAAUCGAGAAGUUUUUCAUUUAUAAUGGCCCGGUCAGAUGGAAUGAUCCAGAACCUGACGACCUUUUCGGAUGUGUGAUGGGCAGACUCAAGAGCCUUUUGACUCCCAAUCGCGGACGGGUCGAGCAGAUGAGCAAUGGUUUUGAUUUGAUUGUCAGGGAAUUUGAUGGACAAUCCCUCCUAGUCUACUCUGACGAUAAGCUCCACCGCGUGAAUUUUCUGCGCACCGAAUAUAACUUCAGAAUGAGCCGUUCCCCGGACAGCCUUCAGACGAAUGAUGAAACUCUCGCCAGCAUCAUCAAAUACAUGCACCACCAGCGUAACGCCAACCCCCAGCUUGCUGCCGAGGCGAGAGAGCGUCUGAAGGAGGAAUGCGCGAAAUUCAUCGAAUACAAUAAAGAGGCCACCAAUAUGGACUUGAUAAUUGAGACGCUUUUGUACAUGCAUGAUAACCCUUCCUCGCGGCCUGAAUAUGAUCGAGCCUGGGCGAUGUGUAAGUGGGAUCGGCCCCUAGAACACGUUCCGUGCCCGGUCAAGACGACCGAUCGCCACGCCUACGAGUUUGCCAGAGCCUUCGAGUCGAGCGGUAAACUGCCAAAUCCCGACGACUUCGAGCCAUAUGCCUACCGCGUCAUCUUCGUCGACACUUCACGCGCAAGAAGAACA